GCAUCCGGACCAGCUGCACGCGCUGUGAAUUGAACUGUGGAAGUGUCAAGGAUUCUAGGAGCCUCAGCAUGUCGGGGCCCACAACUACACUGGCCAGCACUGCAGCUGCAGCCACGGCACAAGUGGAGGACUUGAGAUUCGGUUGGACCGACUAUACGGUGUUCAUACUUAUGUUGAGUGUGUCCGCGGCCAUUGGCGUGUACUUUGGCUUCUUCUCCAAGGCGAAGAACACCACAGAGGAAUAUCUGCGUGGCGGCAAGAAGAUGCAGGCGCUGCCCAUAGCCAUAUCUUUGGUCUCCAGUCAACUGUCAGGUGUUGCCAUCAUGUCCAUUCCCACUGAGAAUUAUACGUAUGGCUUUAACUUUAUAUUCGCGGUGCUAGCCAUGAUACCAACUGUUCCCAUACUGAUAUAUAUAAUUGUGCCCGUCUUCUAUGACAACAAUGUCGUCAAUUGUUAUGAGUAUCUGGAGAUGCGAUUCAAUAAACGCACUCGUCAAUUUGUGACGCUGACAUUUGUUUUGAAUCAAUUCCUAAUGCUGCCGGUUUAUAUGUUCAUACCCUCACUGGCAUUCUCUCAAGUGACCGGCAUAAAUAUUCACCUAAUCAAUACCGUAAUCUCAUCGAUCUGCGUUUUCUAUACCAUGUUGGGUGGCAUUAAGGCGGUCGUCUGGACGGAUGUGGUUCAGGCUGGCGUUAUGCUGCUCUCUGUUAUAAUGGUGGGCGUUCUGGGCACUAUGCGAACAGGUGGAUUGGGUACUGUGCUCGAGUAUGCCUCGGAGGGCGGUCGCUUUAACUUUGAUUUUAGACUUGAUCCAAGAAUACGUGCCACUUUCUGGAACAGCAUGACCAGCGGCCUACUACUUUGGACGGGCAAAAUUGGACUUGAUCAGAGCUGUGUACAGCGCAUUGUCUCCUUGCCUUCGUAUGCGCAUGCCAAAAAAUCUCUUGUUGUUGCGGGCUUUGGUUUUCUGAUUAUCAUGUUCUUUACCUCGUUUGCUGGCAUCAUAAUGUUUGCCCGCUAUUACGGCUGUGAUCCCAUGCUGGCAGGCCUGGUCAGCAAGCCGGACAAAAUGAUGCCCUUCUUUAUACAGGACAUAAUGGGUAAUCUGCCUGGCAUGCCGGGACUGUUCAUCUCGUGUGUGUUCAGUGCUUCCCUGAGUUCGCUUUCGGCUAAUCUUAACUCGUUCGCCGGCGUUGUUUACUUUGACUAUAUCAAGCCCCAUAUCCGGCAUACGGAGGCACGGGCCAAUGGAUUCAUGAAACUGGUCAUCAUUGCCAUGGGCGGCUACUGUAUUGUGGGCGGGUUCAUUGUGCAGCGUUUCAACUCAAUAUUGCAGACAAUGUGGACGAUUACGGGCAUCAAUACGGGUGCCGUUGUGGGUAUCUUUCUGUUGGGCAUGUUUGUGCCCCGUGUCAAUGGGAAGGUAGCAAUGACCAGCAUUUUGUUCAGUGUGCUUGCCAUGCUGUGGGUCAUCAUCAAUGCGCAGAUGAACAUCAAGGCGGGCCUUAUUAAAUAUGAAGUAUUGCCAAAUAGCUUGGAUCAGUGUGAGGCGCGUGGCCUAGACACGAUUUUUAAUGCAAUAAAUCAGACAGCUACAGCAACAACAACAGCUGCCCCUGUGCCCACCAAUGUGACCACCGCUUUCGGCAGCAAUCGGGAGUUUUCAAUCUAUGAUAUAUCUUUCUAUUGGUACAAGGUAUUGGGCGCUAUUCUGAUAUUCGUCUGGGCAGUGCCCAUGAGCUAUGUUUGGCGCCCGGACAGAAAUGAGAAACAAAGUCCAAAAUUGUAUUCGCCAUUUGUGCGCAACAUGUUAAAUGUGCCCGAUCCGGUGCUGGAGCUAGAGGAGCUGCCAUUAAGGGAACCAUUGACAAAAGCUGUGCAGGAAAAUGGUGCGGCAUAGGUUUAGCCAAAUUGUUACUUACAACUAUAUUUAGUUAAUACACAAUGUUAUCUCUCUUUUGUAUUUUUAAAAGAUUUAUUUACAAAAGAAUAUUUAAAUGAAGAAUUUCUUACACAGAAAGUAUCCAGCUACAUACAAAAA